GCCCGGCGGGGCAUGAGCCAGGCUGCCGGCGGGGCGCGCUGUGCUUUCCCAGCCCCUGGGCCAGGCGGGGGGCCGGGCUGUCUCCGGCGCGCUCCUGCCGCGGCACCGCAUGGGCAGGUGGCCCCCGCUGACCGCCGGCACCCACGGGUAUGACAGGGGCUCCCGGCGGCAGGUGAGCGCAGAGCCCCUGGGCCGGGUCCGCCACGGGUCAUGGAGCCGCAGGAGCAGGAGGGGUGCGCGGGGGCCAGCGCCUCCACCUCCCCGUCCUCCACCAGCUCGGAGAUCUCGCUGGAGCCGGAGAAGGGCCCCGCGCUGGGGCGAAGGCACAGCAACAAGAGAUUCACGGGGCUCAGGAUCUUCGGGCGCAGACUCCACCUGCCCCACAAAGGCGUCCUCCCUUUCCUCCAGGGCAGCCAGCCCAGCCGUUGGGGAUCCAGGAGGAUAAAGCACAGGCCAGCAGUGUAUAAGAAAGCCAUCGCCAAGUCCGGCCUCCAGCACAUGGUAGCCCAGCCGAACCCCACACUAGCCCUGAGGAGUGAAUCAGAGAGGCAGAUCCGCAGCACUGUGGACUGGAGUGAAACUGCAAUCUAUGGGGAGCACAUCUGGUUUGAGACCAGCGGCUCUGGGGAUUUCUGCUAUGUGGGGGAACAGAACUGUGUGGCCAAGAUGCUGCAGAAACCUCUGACCAGACGCAAGUGUGCAGCCUGCAAAAUUGUAGUGCAUACGCCCUGCAUAGAACAGCUGGAGAAAAUAAAUUUCCGCUGCAAACCUUCCUUCAGGGAGUCGGGAUCAAGGAACGUUCGGGAGCCCAUAGUCGUCCGGCAUCACUGGGUGCACCGGAGACGCCAGGAAGGGAAGUGCCGGCAGUGCGGAAAGGGUUUCCAGCAGAAGUUUGCCUUUCACAGCAAGGAGAUUGUAGCCAUCAGCUGUUCCUGGUGUAAGCAAGCGUAUCACAGUAAGGUGACGUGCUUCAUGCUGCAAUGCAUUGAGGAGCCGUGCUCGCUGGGGGCUCAUGCUGCUGUCGUCGUCCCGCCGACCUGGAUUCUGCGGGUCCGGCGCCCCCAGAAUACACUGAAAUCCAGUAAGAAAAAGAAGAGGACGUCGUUCAAGCGGAAAUCCAGCAAAAAGGGGGCGGAGGAGGGGCGAUGGAAACCCUUUGUCAUCAAGCCUACGCCAGCCCCACUCAUGAAGCCCCUGCUGGUGUUUGUGAACCCCAAGAGUGGUGGGAAUCAGGGAGCCAAGAUCAUCCAGUCCUUCAUGUGGUAUCUCAACCCACGACAAGUCUUUGACCUCAACCAGGGCGGCCCCAAAGAGGCGCUGGAGAUGUAUCGGAAAGUGCACAACCUGCGGAUCCUGGCGUGUGGGGGGGAUGGCACGGUGGGGUGGAUCCUCUCCAUCCUGGACCAGUUACGUCUGAAUCCCCCUCCUCCUGUAGCCAUCCUCCCUCUGGGGACAGGGAAUGACCUGGCCAGGACUCUGAACUGGGGCGGGGGUUACACGGACGAGCCCUUGUCAAAGAUCCUCUCUCACGUGGAGGAGGGAAACAUUGUGCAGCUCGACCGCUGGAAUCUCCAGGUGGAGCCAAACUCCGAGGUGAACCCUGAGGAAAAAGACGAGACAGCCACAGACAAGCUUCCCCUCGAUGUCUUCAAUAACUAUUUCAGCCUCGGCUUUGAUGCUCGCGUGACACUUGAGUUCCACGAAUCUCGAGAGGCCAAUCCAGAGAAAUUUAACAGCCGGUUUCGGAAUAAAAUGUUCUAUGCUGGGACGGCGUUUUCCGACUUUCUCACGGGCAGCUCCAAAGACUUAGCGAAGCACGUCAAAGUGGUGUGCGACGAGACAGACCUGACCCCCAAGAUCCAGGACCUGAAGCCCCAGUGCCUUGUCUUUCUGAACAUUCCAAGGUACUGCGCGGGCACCAUGCCGUGGGGCAACCCUGGGGAGCACCAUGACUUCGAGCCCCAGCGCCAUGACGAUGGCUGCAUUGAGGUCAUCGGCUUCACCAUGACAUCCCUGGCUGCCUUGCAGGUGGGUGGACAUGGAGAGCGGCUGCACCAGUGCCGGGAGGUAAUGCUCACCACAUCCAAGGCCAUUCCUAUGCAGGUGGACGGGGAGCCAUGCAAGCUGGCAGCCUCCUGUAUUCACAUUUCCCUGCGCAACCAGGCCAAUAUGGUGCAGAAGACCAAGCGACGCAACUCCAUGCCCCUACUCAAUGACCAGCAACCAGUGCCCGAGCGGCUGCGAAUCCGGGUGAACCGAAUCAGCAUGCAUGACUAUGAGGCACUUCACUACGACAAGGAGAAGCUCAAGGAAGCCUCUGUGCCCCUGGGGAUCAUUGUGGUUCCGGGAGAUAGUGACCUGGAGGUCUGUCGGACCCACAUCGAGAGGCUGCAGGAGGAUUUUCUUCCAUGCCCUUCUUCUUUACAGUGCCUGCUCCUUCAGGAAGGGGAUGGAGCCAAAUUAAAGACACUUUCAUCCCAGAAGCUGUCUCCCAAGUGGUGUUUCUUAGACUCAACUACAGCUGAUCGGUUUUACAGGAUAGACCGCGCACAGGAGCACCUCAACUACGUGACGGAGAUCUCCCAGGACGACCUCUUUGUGCUGGACCCGGAGCUGGUGAUCACCCAGACCGUGGGCACCUCGCCCGCCAUGCCUGACCUCGUUGACUCGUCCUCCACACCCGCAGGGCACCAUUUUGCUUUCCCUUCUUCCUCAUCCUCUCCACCCUCCUCACCAGCCCUCAGCUCAGAAGCAGGGGGCUGCCCCUGCCGUGAAGAUAAUGCCUUGAUAGUUGCUGCCAAAAGUAAUGAUUUCCAGAAGUUCCGAGAGCUGCACCAGGCAGGAGGGGACCUGAUGAUGCGAGACUCCUCAGGUCAGACCGUGCUGCACCAUGCCGUCAAAUCGGGGAGCAAGGAGAUUGUCAAAUACGUCAUUGAGAAUGCCCCUGCAGAGAUCCUUGAUGCGACAGAAGAAGAGAAUGGCGAGACCAGCUUGCACCAGGCGGCUGCUCUGCGCCAGCGCACUAUCUGCCACUACAUUGUGGAGGCUGGGGCUUCGCUCAUGAAAACAGACCUGCAGGGAGACACCCCCAAGCACAGAGCUGAGAAGGCCAACGACCCUGACCUGGCUGCCUACCUCGAAAAUCGACAGCACUACCAGAUGAUCCAGCGGGAGGAUCAGGAGACGGCUGUGUAGUGCUCAGUGUGCCUUACCCCGCGGUCCUGCCAGUGCGGGCAGGACAGAAGGGCGACUACCAUGCUGCGGGUCCGGCCCAGCCCUUCCCGGAUCUCUACUUAGUCCCAGAGGAGGGGGAAGAGGCGGCAGCAGCUCUGUCCCAGGCCUGGCUGAGGCUGUAUUCAUUUGUAUAGUGGACAUUUGGGACUCAGAGCCUGGCUCGCUCUCCCCCGCCAUCUCCUACCACAUUCCAUACACCCUGCACUGGAUGGAUCUGCUCCGGCAGCUCUCCCACCCGUACAUCCUAUAGGAGCCAUCUCCACGGUUGGGGAGAGAUGGAGCCUCUGUGCUGUCCUUGUAAGUGGGAGUGAGUGAUGACUGGUGCCCCCUCAACAGACUCCGUAGCCCUUGUGGGCUCUUGUUGUUCAGCUUCCACUUGCCUGCCCCAGUCAUGGCUCCAUGUGCUGCCUUUCCACUGGGCUCAUCACCACUGGUACCGCCCCCACCCAUCCUCAGGAGCCUACCUCCAGAACCUGCCCACACCACUCCCUGGGACAGCCACAGGGGGUCACCAGAGGGCAGCCCUGCUCCUGCAGUUGGCACUAGCUCUGCUGUCCAGACUGCAGAAUAAUUGGGGAUGCUUGUGGGCCUGAGAGAAGUUAACUGCUAUCCAGUUGACAUACCAGCUCCUACUCCUGCUUCCUCCCUUUGCCCUGAGUCUCUAUGCAGCCGCACAAGGGACCCCCAACAGCUGGAAGGGACCCCUGGCAUGUCCAGUGGAGCCAUGCCCAUAAAUCUGCCCUGAGUUCUAAGCAAGCUGUCUGCUUGUUGAAACUGGACCCAGGUGCCACAACAAAAUUUCAGCAGUGUGCCCGGGUCUCCCAUGCUUCCUCCUUCUGGCACUCCCCCCACUCUUUCCUGAUUCCUCUCCCCCAAGUUCAUCCGCUGCCUCCCCUUCCUUCACAUGUGUUUCUAAUUUGCUGAACACCAGCAUGCUUGAAGUGUGGAUAAAAAAAUGUGCUGCUUACGCAGCAGGGAGGCUGCCAGGCUGAGGAGGGAGCUUGUAUCUAACCUUGGUACAGGGUUCCUGACGCUCCAGCACCCGCAUUGGAAACACUUGCCCUGUACCUUUCAACGUUGGGGAGGCCUCUUGUGUUUGGAGUGUGCCAUAGUCCAGAUACUCCCGUACCAAGAGUGCCAGGGAGCCGGAUCCAGCAUCUGGUACAAGCACCCCAGGGCCUAAGAGCUACAGCUCCUAGAGGUAAGGUAUAGACGAGGCCCUGUCUAGCCCUCUGGCCCCAUAGCCAGGGAAGGAGUCGUCCCUACAGUCUGUUCUCGGGGCUUUGCCCAAGCAAUGGGACUCGCACGCCAGCCCCCUAUCAGCAUGGUUCACGAGAUGCAGCCUGUGUCCCUUUGCUCCCUGCUGGGCCCUGCAUAAUUCCACCCCUUGCUCCUUGGCUUUCAUGCAGAUUCCCACUCUCUGGGCCGGGGCUCCCAGUUCUCUGUGCGUGGCCCCUCCUGUCUGCCCCGAGCUGCUUGGAGCUCCGUGCUCACCCAGCACCACGCGCCUGCCCCACCGCCGUCACUUCAUUUGCCUUCUUUUCAACAGAUACACAAAUAAAGAAGGGGAGGGGGAGCUACCUCCCCGCAAUGGCCCUGAUCCCAGGCAGAGGCAGCGCAGUCUGCCCCAAAUAUUCCAGAACAAUGAGGCUCACUCCUCUGCUUCUGGGGGAGCUCUAAUCUGGGACCUGGGAAACAUAUCAAGCAGGUAGCCAGCUGGCCUGCACUUGGCUUUGUGCUGGGGUGGGUGCAGCAGCCUUAAAUAGUCCAGGGCUGUUUGGGGUGUGACCCUUCACACUGCGCCAGUGUCUGACCCUGCCAGAGCAUGGGAG